AACUGCCGAACCCUAACUCCGUUCAUCCCAUUCCCAUCAUCCCCCUCCAUUCAAAUCCACACCGUACCGUUGCCCCGCCACCCUCCCCGCCUCCGGCGAGCCACCCAAAUGGAUCUCUCCGCCACGCCUACCAGAUCCAAAUCCAAGCCCAGAUCCACUCCGUCGAAGACCAUCGCCGCCUCCGCCGCCGCCCAGAUGGACUUGUCCACCCCGUCCAAGCCCACGACCAGACGGAAGUCCAAAUCUGUGUCCUCGCCGCCGUCGAUUGCCCCGGCGACGCCUUCCACCGUCCGCAGGUCCCGCCGACUCCUAGAGACCCCAACCCGCCGCCUCCUAGAGACCCCAACCAAGGACCUCGUGGAGACCCCGGCGAAGCCAGCGCCUGCGCCCACGCUCAAGCGGAAGCGGGCUGCGCCGUCGCCCAAAACCCCGAUCCAGGCCGAGCCCAAGCGCCAGAGGCGGCUCCCGAAGAAGAAGGCGCAUUACCGGAAGGUGGUGUAUGACGGAGGGGAGUUCGCUGCUGGAGACGAUGUGUACGUCAAGCGGCGGGAGGGGGCGGAGUCGGACGAGGAAGAACCUGAAGAGGAGGAGUGCCGUGUGUGCUUCCACGCCGGUGGUGAGGUGAUGGUGGAGUGUGACGCGUGCCUGGGGGGGUUCCACCUGCGAUGUGUGCGGCCGCCGCUGCGCCGUGUACCGGAGGGGGAUUGGGCGUGCCCGUACUGUGAGGCUGAGCGGGCGGGGAGGGCGAUCGAGAGGCCCAAGCAGCCCGUGGGGAAGAGUAUCAGGAGGACAGCGAAAGAGAAGCUUCUCUCCAGCGAUUUAUGGGCUGCACGCAUUGAGAGUUUAUGGAGGGAACCAGAUGGAACAUUCUGGGCAAAGGUAAGGUGGUAUACUAUUCCUGAAGAGACUGCAGCAGGACGGCAGCCACAUAAUUUACGGAGAGAGCUUUACCGUACCAAUGAUCUUGCAGACAUUGAGAUGGAAACUAUCCUUAGACAUUGUUACGUCAUGAGCCCCAAAGAGUUCAGGGAUGCUAGUAAUGAAGGAGAUGAUGUAUUUUAUUGUGAAUAUGAGUAUGAUGUACAUUGGCAUAACUUUAAGCGUCUGGCAGAUAUUGAUGAUGAACCUGAGACACAAGAAGAUCCCAGUGACGAGCCGUACAAUGCUGGUAAUGAUUAUAAUAGUGAUACCGAUGAAGAUUCAGAAUUUGAGGAAGAGGAUGGACCGGCUAAACGUUGCUCUGCCAGAAAAAAUCAGUCCCAUCAAUUUGCUGCUAAUUCACGGAAAGGGAGGAUAUAUGGCCUACAAAAGAUUGGGAUCCGAAAGAUACCUGAACAUGUUCGGUGUCAUCAAAAGACUGAUCUGGAGAAGGCAAAAGCUACCCUGUUACUCGCUACUCUUCCCAAGUCGUUGCCUUGCAGGGAUAAAGAAAUGGAGGAGAUAUCGACAUUUGUCAAAGAUGCAAUUUGCAAUGACCAAUGUCUAGGACGCUGCCUUUAUAUUCAUGGUGUGCCUGGUACUGGCAAGACUAUGAGUGUACUUGCAGUCAUGAGGAGGCUGAGAUCUGAACUUGAUUCUGGAGCUCUGAGGCCCUAUUGUUUUAUAGAAAUUAAUGGUCUUAAAUUAGCCUCUCCAGAGAAUAUCUACAAGGUUAUAUAUGAACAGUUGAGUGGGCAUAGGGUGGGAUGGAAAAAGGCUCUUCAUUAUUUAACUGAGCACUUUUCAGAUGGCACUAAAAUUGGAAAGCAAACAAGCCAGCCAAUUAUUUUGCUCAUUGAUGAGCUUGAUCUUCUUUUGACAAGAAAUCAGUCGGUGCUGUAUAACGUUCUUGAUUGGCCCACCAAGCCAAAUUCGAACCUAGUCGUUAUAGGCAUAGCAAACACAAUGGAUCUUCCGGAAAAACUAUUGCCUCGUAUUUCAAGUAGGAUGGGUAUUCAACGAUUGUGUUUUGGCCCUUAUAAUUAUCGGCAACUGCAGGAAAUCAUAACAAGCCGUCUUAAGGGUAUUGACGCCUUUGAAGAUCAAGCUAUUGAAUUUGCUUCUAGAAAGGUAGCUGCUAUGUCAGGCGAUGCUAGGCGGGCUUUAGAAAUUUGUAGACGUGCAGCAGAGUUUGCAGACUACCGAAUUAAACAGUUUCAACAGUCUGGACAGGCACCCUCGUCUGCAAAUAGAGGAAAUGGUGUUGUUUGCAUGGGUGAUGUAGAAGACGCUAUUCAGGAAGUCUUCCAGGCACCACAUAUUCAAGUAAUGAAGAAUUGCCCGAAAUUUGGAAAAAUUAUAUUGGCUGCAAUGGUUCAUGAAUUAUACAGAAGUGGCCUAGGCGAAGUAUUAUUUGAUAAGUUGGCAGCAACUGUUCUCUCUUGGUGCCACGUCAAUCGAGAACUAUUGCCUGGAUAUGAUACUCUCCUGAAAAUCUGUUGCAAGCUUGGUGAGAGCAAGAUCGUUCUCUGUGAGGAAGGCACUAAGCAUAAGUUUCAGAAGGUGCAGCUUAACUACCCAAGCGACGAUGUAACCUUUGCCCUCAAGGAGUCCCCAGAUCUUCCUUGGUUGUCCAAGUAUCUCUGAAGCUUCUAAUUCAUUGUCUGCAUACGUCCCAGCAUUGCACCUUGUUCUCUUGGGGGCCCAACAGGUUCUGCACUAUCUGCAAAUCCUGGAAACACGCAUAUUCCAUGGAGCUGAUUCGGAGGGUGCCGCUGCACCAAAUGCAUCUCAGUUGCGAACAGAAGUUAUAUAUAAGCCUGAAGAAAAUUGUAUGUCUGGAAUUAUUUUUUUCACCACAUUUCUGGAACUCGUUUGGUAGUUAUUGUUUUAGUGUUGGACUGAAGUGUCUCAUGUGAGUGGUCCUCCUCUCACUUGUAACUUGAUAAUCUGUAACUAUUUUUUUUGACCGGGUGAUAAUCUGUAACUUUAAACUGUGUAUUUGUUUUGAGAAAAUGACAGAAUCUGAUGGUGCUGAACCCUAUAAGGUUAGGGAUUUCGAUGAA